AGCAGCAGCAGCAGCAGUUCACGAUGCCUGUUUCCUCCAGUAGGAGUCGCUGCUCGGUGUCUGAACAGACUUCGAGCGCCCACGGUCCGUGUUCUCAUUAGCGGGACACCGGGAUGCCCCGACGCCGCUGGAGAUGCAUCGGAGGUUAGAGCAGCCCGGCAGUCAGCGUCGCACCAGGAAACAGCUCUGCAGCUGGAAGUUUUCUAGCAACACAAAAGUUUCCGGAGACGCUCUGCGAUGAGGUGGAGUGAAGAAUAAGUUGCCUCGCACCGCUCGGACGAGGAGGGCUGUUUUUCUUCCGUCUUUGACGCUCACAAGUUUGGGCAGCUAAUGCUAAUGCUAACGCUAACGGUUUGCUAAUAAUAUUAGCCUAGCUCGCUAGGUAAAUAGUCCGCCUUUCGGAGUUCCUCGCCGCCGUGGCCCCGUCGCCGACCGAAGAACGGUGAACGUUAGCGGACAUUUCGCAAGUAUUCUUUUGAACAAGGUUUACCGGCGAGCCCCACUCCGAGGAGAUGGGUGGGUUUCUGUCACGUUACACUCGAAGCUAAGCGGCUACAGUUGGUGUGUGCGCGCACAUUAGCUAGCUGUCGUUAGCUAACCGUCGCCGAGCCGCCGGCCAGCAACUUCCACGGGAGAGUUUCGGCGAGCUAACCACGAAAGUACCGUCGCCCGCACGCAACCUCUGCUGCCGAGAGCGGGCGGCCCGCAGCCAUGUUCGAGAUGGAGACGCACAUAUCGUGCCUUUUCCCGGAGAUCCUGGCCAUUAUUUUCAGCUAUCUGGACGUGAAAGACAAAGGGAGAGUGGCCCAAGUGUGCGCGGCCUGGAGGGACGCGUCCUACCACAAGUCGGUGUGGAGGGGGGUGGAAGCCAAGCUCCAUCUGCGGCGGGCGAACCCGUCGCUGUUCCCCAGUCUGCAGACCAGGGGGAUCAAGAAAGUUCAGAUACUCAGCCUGCGGCGAAGUCUGAGCUACGUGAUCCAGGGGAUGCCGCACAUCGAAAGCCUGAACCUGUGCGGCUGUUUCAACCUCACGGACAACGGACUCGGACAUGCCUUUGUGCAGGACAUCCCAUCGCUGCGGGUGCUGAACCUCAGCCUCUGUAAGCAGAUCACAGACUCCAGCCUGGGCAGGAUUGCCCAGUACCUCAAAAACCUGGAGGUGCUUGAACUCGGGGGCUGCAGCAACAUCACGAACACUGGCCUGUUGCUCAUUGCAUGGGGCUUGCACAGACUCAAGAGUCUUAACCUGCGCAGCUGCAGGCAUGUGUCCGAUGUGGGCAUCGGUCACCUGUCCGGCAUGACCCGCAGCGCCGCCGAGGGCUGCCUGUCCCUGGAGAAGUUGACCCUGCAGGACUGCCAGAAGCUGACGGACCUUUCGCUCAAACAUGUGUCGAAGGGCCUGAACAAACUCAAAGUGCUCAACCUCAGCUUCUGCGGAGGAAUAUCAGACGCCGGCAUGAUCCACCUGUCACACAUGACCCACCUGUGCAGCCUGAACCUGCGCUCCUGCGAUAACAUCAGCGACACGGGGAUCAUGCACCUGGCCAUGGGCUCCCUGCGGCUGUCUGGACUCGACGUCUCUUUCUGCGAUAAGAUCGGGGACCAGAGCCUGGCGUACAUCGCCCAGGGCCUGUACCAGCUCAAGUCGCUCUCUCUUUGCUCCUGCCACAUCAGCGACGACGGCAUCAACAGGAUGGUGCGCCAGAUGCACGAACUCAAGACCCUCAACAUUGGACAGUGUGUGAGGAUCACGGACAAGGGGUUGGAGUUGAUCGCCGACCACCUGACCCAGCUGACGGGAAUCGAUCUGUACGGUUGUACUAAGAUCACCAAGCGGGGCCUGGAGAGGAUAACGCAGCUCCCGUGCCUUAAAGUGUUAAACCUAGGACUGUGGCAGAUGACGGAGAGUGAGAGAGUGAGGUGAAGAGUAAUCUAAUUUUGGUAAACAUGCAAUUCAUUGUGUAUAGAGGCUCAGUUUCUUAAUUUUUACUUCCUAUACUGUGACUUAAACAAGGAGAGGGACUCAUCGAUCACUGGAAUUUUGUUCACCUCUGCUCCGCUUUUUACUCUGACUUUAUUUUAGUUCUGUGCUCUCUCUCUCUUUACGAGGCGCGUCAUUUAAUCUCAGCCAGUGUACAGUUCUUACUAUCUAGCUACCUCACCCUUCCAACACAGGAGUGCCUACUAUCGCUGAAUACUAGAACACAUUGCCUAUUUUUGUGACUCACUCACCAAUGGAGAUUUUUUGAUAGUUCAGAAAAAAUCUCAGCGCAGAAUAUUAGGUAGGCAUUUUAACUCUUAACAGAAAGGGCCAGAGUACCUUUGAUUGAAGUUUUGACCGCUUUUUUGGGGGGGCUGAUGUAUUUUUUUAAUUGCAUAACCAGUAUUUUUUGUAUUGAACGACUGUUGUUGACAAAAUUGUACUUCAAAUUGAAGUGGGUGGAUCACUCCUGUCUGUCCUUGUUUACGUAAUGUAUAGUUGGCUAUGUUUUCAUAUUCCUGAGGAAAUAAUUAUGUAUCAGAUGUUCAACUAUGCUUCGCUGUCAAAGGUUCAUUAACACGACUACAGAAAGGCAUAGUCAUUAACAUGCUGCCAAGGCUAUAUGCAAUACCUUUAAGUGAUCAUCAGUGGGUUUUCUCCUGAGGAGCUUCCAGCGAUAUUGUCAGAGUAUUUGUUUAAAAAAAAAGCAGUAAUUUAAGAUUGUUUUAUAUUCAUACAGUAGUGAUAUUUAUGAAUAAAGAUGGCUAAUAUGUUUCAA